AUGCCCCUCGCUACAAUCCACCUCGUCGCCCUCUCACCCUCAACAUCGCUCCCCUCGUAUCUUCACACCCUUCAUACCUCCAUCCCGCGGUCCAAAAUCCUCACCACCUCCAAAGUCGUCCGCUGGAUCAUCACGCCCACGACCAUCGACGCCCAGCGCCUCUUGAACCCCAAAUCUCCAUGGAUGCUGCUCAUCAUCAUCCUCGGCACGGAUCCCCUCCCCAAAUCCUUGACCAGCGAGGUGCUGCUGGACCACUGGACCACCGUGGCGGGCAUUCCCUCGCGCCUGACCGCGGACUUUGCCCGCACGAACGACCAACUCCUGCAUCCAAGGCCCGAGGCCAUCCCCACGCUGACCGGGUCGUUGGACAAACCGCGCGUAGGCACCACCUCGCAGACGCUCGAACUGUCACCUGGUCUCCUCGAAUGGGCGACUUCGUUCCGCAAAACCCGCGCGGGGAGCUCCCCGCUUUCGAUGCUCAAUCUGCUCGCCUUCAAGCAGGGGCUGAAGCCGUCGUACUUGAAGUACGGGGCCGCGUUUGCCGAGUCGAUCGGCAAGCGACGGGGCGGUGUUGCGAAGCUCGUGGGUAAUAUUGUCGACGCGGACGAGAAGGGCGGGGAGGGCGGGAAAGGUGGCAAAUGGGAUGAGUUUGCGCUGGCGAGUUAUCCGUCUGUGUUGCAUUUUGUGGAUAUGUUGGCCGGGGAGGACUAUCAGGGGGUGAAUUUAAAGUAUCGCGUGCCGGCGUUGGAGGAUACCUUGAUUCUGUGCACGAGUGAGAUUGAGGUCGAGGACGUUCUGGAGGCAGAAGGGAAGGGUGGGAAGGCGAAGUUGUGA